AUGGUAGCAACGGAUUUAAAGUCGGAGAUCAAGAAACUGAUGGAGAAAAGGAGCGGUUUGGAAGCGGAGAUGAACGUUAUCAUCGAGCGUCUUUGUCAGCCCGGCGGUCCUGGACUUUCCGGCAAUCUCGUCGACUCUGAGGGGUUUCCAAGAUCUGACCUCGAUAUUCCAGUAGUGCGAGCAGAUCGACAUAAACUUGCAGAGCUUCGAAAUGAUCACAAGGAUACAACUGACAAAAUAGGCCACAAAAUAGAGCUUCUGCAUUCAGCACGCGUGACUCCUAAAUCCUCAUCUGCUAUGGACACUGGUUCCAAUAGCCAAGUUGUGCAUGAUAUGUCUGGAGGCUCGAUCAGUGUCAUGGAUGUGGAUGUGGAUGUGAGCAGACCUUUCGCAAUGGUGGAUGAGAUCAGUGAGGAAUCCCCAGCAGCAGAAGAUGGGUUACAACUUGGAGAUCAAAUUGUUAAAUUUGGGAAUGUUGAAUAUGGUGAUAAUUUGCUACCAAAGCUUGCUUCUGAAGCACAGAUGAAUCAAAACCAUCCUGUUUCUAUGCUAGUUAUGAGGCAAGGGACGUCAAUUAACUUGACUGUUACUCCUAGAACAUGGCGAGGUCGUGGCUUGCUUGGAUGCAAUUUCCGGAUCUUGUGAAUUGUAAUGUAAUGGAUGUUCAUUAGGCUCUUGGGAUUUGUACAAGAGCUUCAUAUGCAUAAGUGUAGCAAGAAACAAUGUUAGUUGAAACUUGGAUAUCUUUUAGUCAUGUAAUAAUGUUAAAAAAAAAAAGUUUUCUAGGCUUGACUGCUUUUUGUUCAUCCAAUGACGAAUGCAAAUGCUUGAUAUGGUGGUGUGGAUGUGUUUUCGGUUUGUUGCUAUCAAUCUCUUAUGAACUUGUAAAUUAUAGACAAGUUUCUAUUUAACAAAAUUAUAAAUAAUUACAUCCAUAUUAAUAUAUUAGCUAAUUA